GGAGGCCAUGUGCUCUACUCCCUCGGCCUUGGCAUGGGCACCAUCAUCACUUUCUCUUCCUACCAGACUAGAGGUGACAACUACCUCAAGUUGGCCUUCUUUGUGGCCAUGGCCAACCUGGUGACGUCGUUGCUGAGCACAGCCAUCAUCUUUCUGGUGCUGGGCUUCUGGACCACAACCAGCGGGCCCAGCUGUGUUGAGAAGAGUGUCAACAAGCUGGUCGAUCUGAUAAUCAAAGGUGUGCUGUCCCAGGCUGCCUGGCCUCCCCAAGGCAUCAUUCAUAAACCUCCAGUAGAAUACAUGGACUGGAUCAGUCAGCUCCCCAGCCAGCUCCAGGCGGAUGUGGUCCGUUUCUCCCCACCCUGCAGCAUCCUGGUACAGAAGGAAAAGUUCAUGGAGGGCCCUGGCCUGGCAUACGUGGCCUUCUCUCAAGUCAUCUCGCUGUUUCCUGGCUCCUCUUUCUGGGCCAUCAUCUUUUUCAUUGCCCUUGUAAUCAUGGGUCUGGCCACACUGACAACGCUCCUGGAGAGUAUUGUGCUUCCUCUACAGAGAAACAUCCCAACCUUCGAGAAGUAUCCCAAACUGAUACCAGUGACUGUCUGCUUGGGAGGACUUCUGGGCAGCUACGUGGUGUUCCUGUUUGAUGACCACCUGGUCCCUAUGGUCCUCGUCGUUAUUGUGGUGCUCCAGAACCUUUCUCUGGCUUUUGUCUAUGGAAUCAGGAGGUAA